AUGACGUCGAGUAAGCUGUCGGUUUCUCGCGCCUCGGUCAAAUCCUCUUUUGGUCACUUCUCCUUCUCUUCUCAAACCAACCUCGUCGACUCCGUCUCGGCCAAGCCCCGCAGCCAGAAGCAUCAUCACAGCGUAUCCGAGCCCCUGCACGAACAGCAGCAACAGCAUGACCAGCGCCAAGACCAAGAACAACAACACCACCCUCAAUCUGCGCUAGCAGACCCUGGUCGUCUCGACGUCAGCAGCAGUCACACGCAUUCCCGCCCGCCGCCGCCUCCCGCAUCCCCGAAACGAUCACAGACCGACACUGAGGUCAAAUCCCCCGCCACUGCCGCGAGACUCAACAGCCAAAGCCUGACCUUGACCACUGAAGAGAAGGAGAACGACAAGGAGAAGCCCACCGAGCCAGUGCUCGCUCCCUCCCGGCCCCUCAACAACAGAAAGUCCCGGUCCUGGGGCAACCGUCUGUCUUCUCUGUUCCCCUCGCUCAUAAUCCAAUCAACAGAUCAACUCCCACCUCAACCCCUGGCUGCCCAGCCGCAGCAGCAGCUACCGAUUCACCGCAAACCGCUGCCCGCCUCGCCCCCUUCCGACAGCCCACCCUCCUACGACACGACUGAUAAAUCUACCGUCCGCCCUGUGACUAGCUCGGUUCUUGGCCUUGGCAUCGCUGCUCCGACUCUCGAUUCCCUCGACCCUCCACCGCCUCCGCCUCCCUCAGAUGCACCGCCUCCUGUGCCUGGAAAAAUCGCCCACGCACCUACAUACCCUCCGACGAUAUCGUCCUCCUUUGCCAUCCAGCACCCUCUGUUGUCUCCUCCUCAGCCUCCUACACCUACUACACCAAGCAUGAUGGCCGCCCCUAUGCCGCCGUCCGAGGCGCCUCCUCCCGUGUCGGCGAAGCUGAGAAAGGACAAGAGCCUUCCUUUACCACAGACAAACCAUGCCUCCCCCCGGGUCGCCUCUCAGCCCGAAACGGCGUCGCCCACGAAGCUGAGGAAGGAGGGCGUUGAGCAUAGAAAGCGAAGCACCUCCUUCCUCGAGAACCGGGUAUCGUCGUUCCCCAUGUUGGGUGUCCGCGCACCUUCGCCGGGUCCGGACGCGCGUGGCAGAAGCACCUCGGCGAACCCGCCUGGAGCCAGGACCAAUACGGGCGGCUCGCAGACCGCACCACGGAAUCCCAGGUCCAACGAGAGCCAGAGCCCGACCCACGACGACAGGCGUGGACGGCUGCGCAGGAGCUGGCUGCCGGGCGGGGGGGGAUCACGGCCGAACUCGCAAGACGUCACGGCGGCGACAAAGAACUUCCAGGCGUGGGUAUUGUCGCCCGACACCCCUGGUGAAUACAACACGUCGUUCCUGCUCAAUGCGGAAAAGGUCCCAGAACUGUGGAACGAGAACGGCAACGUUUGCGUUUACCUUCAACCCAGAAGCAGCAACUCCGGGCCAUCCUUCAGGGUCCCUAGCUUCUCCAUCAUCAACUCAGUCAUCUUCAACGAGCUCAUCCAGGCCGAAAUGGCCUCGACCGGCAGGAGCAGGGCAAGGAGUUUCGGUGGCCGGGAUAGCCUUUCGGUAGACGACGCGCGGGCCGGCGGCUCACCCCCUUUGGAGGGUCAGGAGAGCCCUGGCGAUCUCAAACUUUAUCUGCCAGCGACGCCCCCACAAUACACAGAGCCCGAGAACGGCCAGCUUGCGGCGCCGGGAUCCCGCCUCCAUGCCGACAUCGACCGGUUGAUUUCCAUUCGCAAUCUGUUUGCCUUUUUGACCGGCCAGCCGCUAGUGGCCACCAGGACGCACCCCACUACGUUCGCGGCAUUCUUGCAGAUCGCAAAGCUGCUCAAGGAAUACGGCUUCACCAACGCAGAUGGCUCUUCCUUCGGCGAGGCGGUUGAUCUCAGCUUCGGCUUCUACAUGGAACAACUGUCGCUUGCCGACGUCCGCCACAGCCGCGAGAAGACGCUCGAGUCUCUGAUUCUCGGCGAGGCGAUGAGGUCGAUGGAGCUUUACAACGAGGCGUUCGCGCACGCCGUUGGCAAGUACACUGCCAUCCUCGAUCUGCGCUCGCCGCUCUUUGAGCAGAUCUCCCACUACACCAGGCAACGUCUCGAGCGCGCACAUCUGGACCUCGUGAACCGGCAGCACAACGUCAACAGCAGGCUGGAGCAGUUUGAAUUUCCAUCGCUGUUUGCCGGCAUCGCGAGCUCCACCUCGAACCCCGAGCUCAAGGCCAUCCGCUUCAAGGUCUGGCAAAGGUCCUUCAACAAGAUGAAGCAGUUCGUCCUGGGAUACUACAAGGCCAACUUCGGUGCUUGGCCCCCGAAGGCUAGUAGCAAGAAGAAUCCCUUCUCCGAGAGCGGUCUCAAUCGCUUGGUGCUGAAGGCCCUCUACUCCGACAUGUGCUCGCUCUACGACCUUACCGUGGACCGUGAAAACAUCACCACCAGAGUAAUGGACGGGAACGCCCAUGAGGAGUCGGGCAAGACGACCGAUUCGCCGAUGAUUGCCAACCUACGCAAGAUGCUCACCGAGUUCGACAACUCGACCCCUCCCGUUCUGCCGCCCAUCCCCUUUGACGUUCCGAAGCUGCCCACGAUGGCGACCAUCCUCGCGACCUACGACUCGAUGUCUCCAAAGGAGCAGGCCAAGUUCGACCGCAAGAUCAAGGAGCACGAGAUGACACUUGUCAUCCAAAAGGCGUACAACUGGGAUACCAACAGUGUCAACGUCCCGUUCCUUCUGGAGUUCAAGGCUUUCGAGCUCCACGAGGCCAAGGGCAAGAACGCGGCCGACCUCGCAGACCAGCGCAUCGGCUACUGGCUCUUUCUCUACGUCGUCAUUCAAUCUCUCCCCAUGCUCGUCAUAGACGCGCCGAACCUCAAGUUCAACGAGGCCGUCGAGUACUUCCUGUGUGAGCCGCCAAUGGGCAACCUGCCGUGGCUCGAGGAUGCGCGCCAGGUCCGCAAGAUGUGGUACGAAGUCUCGGGUGGCAACGGCUACGUCGAGCUGUCGGCCGACAGCGUUUUGUUCAGCGUGGAGGCCGUCUACCACCGCAGCCACUGCUGGCUGGCCGCCAAGGAAUGGGAAGGCAUGAACGGCGCAGCGGCUCCACCCCCACAAGACUUCGGCAUGUCUCCCUUGGAACCGCCCCGACCUGUGUUCCCUGGUCCGGAUGGCAUCGCCGCCGGCCCCGCAUCCGGCACCCCACCCGCACCAGGGUCUCCCCAGUCUCAUCUCCGGCCGCGCAAUGCCUCGCCUGGAGGGCGUCAUCUCGGCAGCCGCAACGCGCAACGCUCCAGUAUGAUAUUCGGUCUCGAGCCCGUGCCCUUGGACGAGGGCCUGCCAGGCGACCGCACCUCGCGCGUCCCUAGCGCGAGGAGCAGUUCUGCAGGUUCCCGCCCUGUGAGCAUGGUCAUGCCGCGCACGCCCUCCCACACAAACAUGCGCCAUCUGUCCGUUGACCACACUCAUACCCAAGAGGCUGCCGCGACGUCGACCAUGACGUUCGACGACAUCCUCGGCGGCGGGGGUGAGGAGAAGAAGCCGACCAAGAAGAAGAAGGGCAAGUUCUUUUGA